UAUGGGUAUUCCAAGAAAUAUAAACUUCAACGGAAGGGCUUGUUUAUUAUUUGUAUGUGUCGUUAGUCCUAACUAAUACGUUAUUAAUAAGCUUUUUACGAAUUAACGUAUAUCGCUAACCAUGAAUUGCUGUGGAGCUGCUCGUCUACUAGCAGAACUUCUCAUCGGUGGAGGAACAGCAGCUGCUACUGUAGUCUCCAUUCCGUAUAUUCUCUCUGCUCUGGGUUUCAGUGCCGUUGGUGUGGCAACAGGAUCAUUAGCAGCAUGGUGUCAAAGUGUUUUUUAUGGAGGAUCAAUAACUACUGGAAGUUUAUUUGCAUUUUUCCAAAGCAUGGGUGCUGCAGGAUUGCCAAUAGUUUAUAAUUUAGGAAUUGGUGCAGGAGCAGGAGGGUUUAGCAGAUUUUUUUAUGGUGAACAUACCGUAGAAUCCUUAACAAAGUUGUUAACAAAUACAUUCUGUCAGUCUGAUUGUGAUUCUAACAGAUUAUAAUCUAAGGAAAGAAAGAAACACACGAUUUUUAUUUUAAAUUUUAAUGAUUAUUCUCAGUUUGAAAUAUUUUUUUAGUUCUCCUUUCUAUACUCUAUUAAUAACCCAAAUAAUCAGUUUAGUAACUUUAUAUUCUUUAUUGCAUGAAAAAGUUUGCUUUUUAAUGUAUACUUACAAAAUGUUCUAAAGAUAUGUGUUAAAUUUAAAGAUCCUUAAAGAAUAAAUAAAGUAUUCGGCUUAUACAGUAGACCUUCAUUAAUCCGGAUCCCUUUAACCCCAAACCUCGCAAAUCCGAACUACUAUUUUCAUACGCAUAUUGAUAACGUUGUCGAGAAAUGGACGCUGGGAACUAGAAGAAAACAGCGAAGAGAGCUCACAGUAGCCUUAUCAAGUUAUCAUCGACCAGAAAGUGGAAAUACUGGACCAGAUUGGAAAGAAAAUUUACAAACAUUUAUCUAAAGAGUAUGGAGUUGACAUCUCAACGAUUUCGAAUAUCAAGAAGAGUGGUAGCAAGCUGAGAAAUUUACCUGUCCUUAUAGAAAAUAUAUUUGUCCUCUCCGUGGAAACAAAAUACAUACACACAAUUACGGUUUAACACACACAUAUAUAUAUUCAUUCAUGUAUUAUUUUAUGGCUUUUAACAGUCAACAAUUUGUAUUUUAUAGGGCAGCAUGUACAUUACCACACACACACGCCGAGUGAUAAAGACAUCAUCAUUUACAUUACUGUUGCCAGGAGCUAUAUAAACAGUUUAAUUGUUUUUGUAAUUUUUAAUAUAUUAUAUAUUCUUUCUAGAGCUGGCAGGCAAACUUUUCUGGGCUUCUACUCUAAACAAAAUCAGUGUAAUAAUAUUGUUAAUUAAUUGGAAUAUGCUGUUACUGUAUGUGUGUGUGAGUGUGACAGAGCAUUCGUGAAUUCAAUUCAUAUGUAAAUUUGUGUAUAUAAUUUCGAUUUGAGAUUUACAAAUGAGUCUGUUCCUUUUCAUAUGUCUGUGCUAGCUCAGAAUUGUCAGGAAUUUAUGUAUCUCCUGGAGUGUUUUUUUUUUUUU